AUGUCGUGGAAGAGGGGGUGGAGCGGUGGCCGGGUGCCCGGGAGACCGACAGGGACGGGCACAGUGCCCGCCGCUUCUGUAAGGCAGCAAGUGCCUGUUAGAGAGCCGCCACCACCACCAUCAUCCGGGGAUUUGAAAAUGGCGGCUGCGCAGCGAUCACCCAAUCAGAGGCAGGCGGCGGUUGCUAGGAGAUAUGGAGUCCCGCCCCCUCCUCUGCUAGACCUGAAGAGGGAGUGCCUUUCCAUUCACAUCGGUCAAGCCGGCAUCCAGAUUGGGGAUGCUUGUUGGGAACUCUAUUGCCUGGAACAUGGAAUCCAGCCAGAUGGCUUCAUUCUUGACAGUAAACAGGAUCAGCUGGAAAAUUCUAAAGUGAAGCAUAUGAAUGCAUCUUUUGAUACCUUCUUUCAUGAGACAAGGACUGGGAAGCAUGUACCCAGAGCACUCUUCAUGGACUUGGAACCAACUGUUAUAGAUGGGACCCGUACAGGGAAGUUCCGUUCACUCUUCCACCCAGAGCAGCUUGUUAGCGGAAAGGAGGAUGCUGCAAACAACUAUGCACGAGGUCGCUACUCUGUGGGCUCCAAGAUCAUCAGCCUUGUGCUCGAGAGGAUCAGAAAGCUGGCAAAACAGUGCAGCGGACUUCAGGGAUUUUUGAUUUUCCGAAGCUUUGGAGGAGGAACUGGAUCGGGAUUUACAUCUCUCCUGAUGGAGCAGCUCUCUGUAGAGUACAGCAGGAAGACUAAACUGGAGUUCUCUGUCUAUCCAGCCCCUAGAAUCUCCACUGCUGUAGUAGAACCUUACAACUCCAUCCUCACCACCCAUUCAACCAUAGAGCACUCAGACUGUACCUUCAUGGUGGAUAACGAGGCCAUCUAUGACAUCUGCCAUCGUAAACUUGGUGUUGAACGCCCCUCCUAUGCAAGCAUCAAUAGGCUGCUCAGUCUGGUGGUAUCUUCCAUCACUGCUUCCCUUCGGUUUGAAGGACCCUUGAAUGUAGACCUUAUUGAAUUCCAGACCAACCUAGUCCCCUACCCAAGAGUACGUUUCCCCGUGACAACCUUUGCCCCCAUCAUCUCUGCUGACAAAGCCUACCAUGAGCAUCCUUCAGUGCUCGACAUCACUGCUGCUUGCUUUGAGCUGUCCAACCAGAUGGUCAAGUGCGAUCCUCAGCUUGGGAAGUACAUGGCCUGCUGCUUACUAUACCGAGGAGAUGUGGUCCCUAAAGAUGUGAAUGCAGCUAUCGCAGCCAUGAAGUCGAGGACCUCGGUUCAGUUUGUAGAUUGGUGUCCGACUGGUUUUAAAGUGGGGAUCAACCAUCAGCCACCUGCUGUGAUGCCUGGAGGGGAUCUGGCCCGGGUCCAGCAAGCUGUCUGUAUGCUGAGCAACACCACAGCAAUUGCAGAGGCGUGGGCCCGCCUAGCCCACAAGUUUGACCUCAUGUACGCCAAGAAGGCUUUUCUACACUGGUACAUCACAGAAGGCAUGGAACAAGGGGAAUUCUCAGAAGCCAGGGAAGAUCUGGCAGCUCUGGAAAAGGAUUACGAGGAAGUGGGGCUAAGUUUCUGA